CUGGCAGAUGUGAUUCGUGGGGAAAGUGUACCCACGCUACCUAAUCUCGCGCGAUGCAUUGUGGGACUUUAUGUAAAGCCAACAUGGCGGCCGCCUGCGCCAGAUCCCUGGGUAAGGUCGGUUGGACGAUUGUGCAAAGUCCUGUUCUCCGCCGACCCGGCAACGGCGCCCUCCUGCCGGGGAACGCCGGCUCUCGAGUGUCCCGGAGGUCCUACUUCGGCGGCGGCGGCAGGACUGGAGCCCUCUCUGGACUGCUGUGGUCUUUGCGGGGAGGCGGAACCCGUGCGCUGAGCUGCGCCUUCCUGGUCGGCGGCGGUGUUGGGCUCUAUCAUACCUUUAAAUUCUACUGGGACCAGCAGCGACACCUGGCGCAGGAGCAAGCCCAGGCGGCCCCUGCAGGAGGUGCUUCGCCGUCGGCUUCUCCAUCUCUGACGCUGUACCAGUACCAAACGUGUCCAUUCUGCAGCAAAGUGCGAGCCUUCAUGGACUACCACGGCCUGGCCUACCGCGUGGUGGAGGUGAACCCCGUCAUGCGACGGGAGAUCAAGUGGUCGACCUACAGGAAGGUUCCCAUCCUCAUGGUGGACGAGCACCUGCAACUGAACGACUCGUCUGUCAUCAUCAGCUCACUCAAGACCUACUUAGUCAGCAAGGGUUCUAGCAUGUCAGACAUUUUGCGCUGUUACCCCGAGCUGAAAUCUGUGAACGACAGCGGCAAGGAGGUGACAGAGUACAGCAACAAGUAUUGGCUCAUGCUCACCGAGGACGAGACGGCCGCCGUCUACCCCGACAAAGGCAUGCAGAAGGAAGAGAUGAAGUGGCGUCAGUGGGCCGACGACUGGCUGGUGCACCUGAUCUCGCCUAACGUGUACCGCAGCACCAGCGAGGCCCUGGCCUCCUUCGACUACAUCGUGCGAGAGGGCAAGUUCGGCGCUCUGGAGGGAGUCUUCGCUAAGUACGUUGGCGCCGCCGCCAUGUUUGUCAUCGCCAAGCGCCUCAAGAGCCGACACAAUCUUCAGGACGAUGUGCGUCAGGACCUGUACAAGGCCGUCAACGACUGGGUGGCGGCUGUCGGCAAGAAGAGGAAGUUCAUGGGCGGAGAGCGGCCCAACUUGGCCGACCUGAUUUUCACCUAUCAUGUGCAUCUGGAACGUAGCCCUCGUGAUAAAUGGGGUUCACUGUAUACUGCGGUGUUUGGCGUCCUGCGUGUGAUGGAGGGCCUGGAGGCCUUCGACGACAUGAUGGCCAACACCAAGGUGAAGCCGUGGUACCGGCGCAUGGAGGCGGCCACGCGCAACCACAAUGACCGCUCAUAGUCAUCACGGUAACCGUGUUGUUCACAAAAAAACUGGAACUGCUUUGCAGAGGACAUGGGGACUGAUCGAUGCUCAUAUGAUCGUAUUGUUUUUCUCUGGAAUAUUGCAGUCAUGCUCAAUAUUCAAUGCAAUAUAAGGUGGAGUUUUAUGCUUGUCAGUGGCUGAGCUCCUCUGUUGUAGUUUCAUUUGGGUUCCUUAAAGUCCCCCCAAAAAAAGGGAGAGGUGGAAAGAAAAAGUGUUAACUUAUUCUUGUGUUGAGCAUUCCGUCAUGCAGUAUGCUGAUGCUGCCAUAAGAAGGCGGUCUCGAGUUGUUCAUCUGACAUAAAAACCUUUAAUAAAAAUGUUUAACUAAUUAAAAUGUACUUGAACUGCAGAAGGAUUCAUGUGCAUACUUGUACAAAGCGUCAAUAAAUACAAGAAUGUGGUUUGCUGUUUUCAACAUAUGUAAACUUUUUGAUGAGCUUUAAACUGUUAUCUAUAAAUAAAAUUUGAUUUCAAAUAUUUUAUGCAA